AAGAAAAACAGAAAGUUGAGCUUCUGCAACAGCUGAGGGGGCUAGGGCUAGAAACAGCUUCUGAUUUACAAGAUUUACUACAGGAAAGCUCUUUUAAGAGUUUUUGGAAUAGAGUUUAUCUGGUAGGUCCAUUUUCUGUUGGGAAGAGUUGCUUAGCAAAAAUCCUCGUAGGAGAGCGAGUUCCAGAAUCAAGGGAGUCUACCGAUGGUAUAUGGAUCUACAUGGGAAGAGCUGGUAUGGACGUGGAUGAAAUGAAAUGGAUAUAUUUCGAAAAGGGAAACGCAGUCACUGAGAUACUGACAAAUAUGUUGAUGACACUGUCCAGUGCCGAGGCUACAAUUGACGCAUGGAAUAACAGUGCAAAUGUCCAUACAAAGCAAAAUCUUUUGGAAACCAAACGAAAAUGCAAUUAUCAAGCAAUGAAGGUAGAUAACGACCCUCAAAGAGGUUCAUUGGUGGGUGCAGAAGAUUUAAUGUCCACUGCAUCAUCUCACAAGAAAUCAGAGAGAGAAGAUGCAGACACAAUAGAGGAUCUGCAGUCAUUUGAAGGCAAUUGUAUUGAUAUUCAACCAUCUGUGAAUCCUACUUUCUCAUUAGAUGAUAACCAAGACGAUCAUAUUACAGAUAAUCAGCCCAAAGGAGCUGAUGCUCAGUGUUCUACCACUGAUGAGAUAAAAACUGCUCUAAUGUUUGAUUCAAGUAUGAAAAAACUUAUCCUAGAAUUACCAAGAAUGACAGAGAGAAGUCAAAGCACAACACAAGCAAUCCAAAUUAUCUCGGGGCAAUUUGACAGCGAAUGGAUGAAGGAGAUUUCAAGCGAUAUGUCUACCAAAAAAUUACAUGAGCUUAUGGUCAAAGCAGUUAAAGAAGGAAAAUACAAGCAACUGGUAGUACCAAUAGAUAUAUGGGACUUUGGAGGCCAGAAAGAUUAUCAUAUGACUCACCAGUUGUUCAUUACCAGCAGAGGUAUUUUUAUCCUGAUGUUUAACGGAAGUAUAGGCAUACACAAGCAUAGGCCUGAUCUUGGAUUUUUACCAGGGCACUUUGGGAAACCAACAAUUGCAGUUUACCUUUUACACUGGGUAAAUUCAAUAUUGACGUUCUGUAAACGAUCGAAAGAAGGAUUUCCUAAAAUCAUAUUUGUUGCUUCUCACAAGGAUAGGAUAUCGUUGAUAUGGAAGUGGAGAUUCGAAUCAUACCGACGAAAGCUUGAAGAUAAAAUACAAAAGCUAUUCAAAUCACACGCCGGCUUGAAGCAUUUAGAAUUUAAACCCUUGCUAUUCAUCAAUUCUAAAAAUCCUGAAGAUCCAGAAAUUAAAGAACUUCAACAACGACUAAUGAAAAGGGCGACUGAACAUCCACGAUGGGGUGAGGAAAUGCCAACAGCAUGGAUUCCAUUAGAUUUGCAGUUGGCCAUGAAAGUUGAAGAAGGUACUAAUGUAAUUUCUAGGGAGCAACUUAGAUCAUUAAAUUCUAAGAACGAUUCAAUGUCGUUAUCUGAGAAGCAAAUGGAAACAUUUCUAGAAGUUCAACAUUCACUUGGAAAGCUUCUGUACUUCAAUGUAGAGAACCUCCGUGACUAUGUCAUCAUAUCACCAGCCUACUUAGUGGAAGUCCUUCGAUCUUUAGUGACCGAAAAGCAGUUUUGGCCUAAAACCGGGCGUUUCCCUAGAAUUUUGAAAACCCUUCAAAAAACUGGAUUCAUCGACAAGGAGGAUAUAUACCACUUGUGGGAACAAGAGAAGUUCGUGCAUAUUUUACCAUACAGAAAAUACAUGGUUGAAAUGUUAGUACAUUUAGAUGUAAUCAUUGCUCCGAGAACUAGUUUUGAACUUUCCACUAGCCCGUUGAAAGAUGUUUCACGUUUCCUUGUUCCAUGUAUGAUAACCAAAACAAACGACACAAAGUAUUUGGAAAAGUUUCGGAAUUGUAAUAAUUCAAUUGUCAUGGCCUAUAAAUUUAUCGAAGAAGUAAUACCACCAGCAUUGUCAUAUCGAUUACUUGGUUCAUUCAUCACUAUGUGGCACGUAAAGAACUAUAAAGAGAAAAACAGAGAGACAAUAAUGCUUUUCAGUGACCUAACUGUGGUUCAAGUAGACCAGAGUCACGAUAUUGCUGUUCAGGUGAAAGGAAACAGAGUCGUAGUAUCACUUGUACAUGCUGUGAACAAGGAGAACAUUAUUCCAUCUUUAGCUUCUUCUAUUCAAGAAUGUCUUACCACGGCAAUGCAUGGAAUUUGCGAAUUUUACUCUACCUUGUCAGAUGCUCAAAACAGUUCUUCGAAACAUAAGCCAAUGCCAUUCGAUAUUGAAUUUGGUGUAUUUUGUAAGUCAGCUAUAUGCUUUUUUCAUCACAGUAAAUUACGUCUCAACUCACCGUGGUUUUGUAGUCAGCACAGAAAGAAUCACGAAGUUGGUUACCUGCAAGAUUGGUUUUCGGAAAAGGAACCUUCAGAUGACUGUCUCAGCACAUGCAUAGGACUUGGAAGAAUGGCACUAGAACAAUGUCCAUCGGACAAACACCUGCGAAGAAUGGUUGGAGAACUUUCUCCGGGGAAGUGUCGAGAACUUGCAAUCGAAUUCGGACUAAAAGUUCACGAGUGGGAAAAUUUUGAAACCCAAUUUCAGCAUCAAAUUUCAGAUGAUUUCAAAUUCGCAGCAGUGCAGUCUUGUAGGGAAAAAAGUAGGGACUUUACAUUUAGUACGCUUGAUCGCGUCUUGGAAAAGCUAGAGCUUAGUCGUCAUCUACUUUUUCUAGAUUAA